GCACUCUCGGGGGGCAAAGCUAUAUCAAUAAUCCUUAUAGCUCCUCGCCCAGCAGCGCAUAUAUAACAAGCCCCUACGCUACCUACCACCCUCAAUUCCAAAUUCUCAUUCAACCUCCAGCCUGACAGAACCUGCACCAAAUUGAGCGCCAUCACACAAACCCGAAACCAUGAAACCCAGCACCACCAUCCUCCCACUAUCCUCCCUCCUCCUGCUACCGAUCCCCGUACCUCUGACCCUCGCAGCCACCUUCGUUGAACUUGAAGUUAGCUUCUACGGCUCCACCCUGGGGAUCCCCGACUCCACCGCCUCCGUGCAAGUCCCCAUCGGCAACCGCUCCGUGGUGCCGGCCACCUGUACGGAUCUCCCUCUGACGGCGUACAACGCGACGUUGUUGCCGCAGGACCCUCCGGUUGAAGUCGAGUGUUAUCUUCUUGGACUGCCCUGUCGGGAUGUCGUGGGGACGAUUUCGACGGAAGAUACAUUUAUCAAGCUGCUGAAUCCGGCGAGGGCGGUGCAGUGCUAUCCCGAGUGAGUGCUAAGUCAUUGGAAGGGAGGUGUAGUUGGGAAUUGGAAGGGAUCAUAAAGGGUCCAUCCAGCCUACUGGGAAUUGAUCACAUGCUUGUCGAUAUCAUUUAGCUGCAAUUGAAUGAGCACGU